UAAUCUGUGGUCACCAAAAGAUCCCUGUGAUAUUUUUCUUCGGAAAAAAAUUAAAUAUGCCUAUUUUAAUGUACCACCAACACUAAAAUAGAUCAAGAUGUAUUCUGGAAGCGAUUCCGCUGACUCGCAGAAGUUUAAGCAAUGGCCUAUAAAUCCAGCGGCCUAUCAAAACACGCCAAACGACCAAGUGGAUUGGGCCGCUCUGGCUCAACAAUGGAUCAUCAUGAAAGAGGCCGGUCCACCUCCCAUUCCAGGUGAACAACCCGUCAUACUAAACAAGGAAUCUAAGAGCUCCAAAAGUUAUAUAGACGAAUGUGGAGAAGCGCCUAUGGAAGUAGAGACUGACAAAGAUGAGGCCUCAUCUUGGAGUUCGUCAGCGCUGGACAAUGCACCUCCGCCGCCUGGAACAGAGGCUUGGAGUAAUUGGAAUCCACCUUCGAACUGGAACUGGUCCAACAGUUGGAAUGUACCCAGUGGUGUACCUCCACCCAUUGGAAUACCACCUGUUAAAACUCCCCUUUUGCCCACUCCAGAAUCAUUUUCUAGUCCUCCAGAUAAUGCAAACGACAAUGCUGUAUCUUUCAAAGGAUACACAACUGCUCCACCACCAAAUAACUUUACACCAGGUUUUUGGACGGGAAUGGGAGGUGGGAAAAUAACUCAGACUGAGAUAAAGCCACAUAAUAAACGUUACAGUAAAGUGAAUGUUCCCACAAAAGUAACAAUUAUUACUCCUCCAGCCAGCACACCAGCUGUUGCACCUGCACCAGAUAUAAUGGCUGUACCAGAUCCAGUGCCUGUUCCUGUUCCAACACCAACUCUGGAUGCCAAUAAAAGAAAACAACUUCCUGCGUGGAUCAGAGAGGGUUUGGAGAAAAUGGAGAGAGACAAACAGAAACAGCUGGAGAAGGAGAGAGAAAAGUACGAGAGGGAGGAGUACAAGGAGAAAAUUAAACAAGAGGAGAAGGAAAAGAUGGAGAUACUUAAAACCACAAUGCACGAAAGGGAGAUGAGAAAAAGCAGAUUUGACAGUGAUGAUAAUAAUUCAGAUGAAGACAUACCACGAACAAAGAAAUUUUCUCCACCACCCAUAACUCCCAUGACUCCUGAACAACUGAUGAUAAAAGUCCGGAAAAUUAUGACAGAAAUUCUGUUGAAAGCAACUAACCAGCACAUUGAGCAGAUCUGCAAAGAGGAGAUACAACGGUAUUUAAAGAAAACUAGAGCUUCCGAUCACCUAGCUUCCGCACCCAGUGGUGCCGUCUUAAGCGCCAAACUCGGUCUGGGUGUCUAUGACGAUGGAUCCGACAGCGACAGCGGAGAGGAUCACACUGACGGGGCCAACAGGGACAGCCAGAGGAACGACCAAAACGAUUCGGACUUGGAACUUAAAGAAACCAUACGUAGGAAGCAGGCUGAAUUUGCCAAGACCGAGAGAGAGAUAGAAGCGAGGUUAACGGAGGCCGAACAGAAGAAAGGACGCAGCAGGAGCGAAUCAGAAUCUUCCGAGUCCCGCGACGGGAAUAGCUCGCCCGCGCAGCUCCACGUAGACGGAAAUUCCCAAAAACUCGCUCCGGAAGAGACUAAACACCAAACCAAGCGACACAGUUCGGUCAGUUCUUCGGCCAGCUCCAACUACUUGGAAACUAAAACUAAGAUGUCGCGCCGGAGGUCCACGUCCAGUUCCAGGAGCGACUCCAGAAGGAGGAGCGACAGUCCGGAACGCGACAGACGGAGGAGGGACGCGAAAAGGCGCUCCAGGAGUAGCGAGUCUGGAAGGAAAACCAAACGAAGCAGGCGGUCUCGAUCCGACUCUCGUUACUCCCGACGCUCCCGCAAGAGCCGUUCCCCCUCCAAGUCCUCCUAUUCCUCGCGGCGUUCGGUCAAAUCCUCCCGCAGGUCGCGGUCGCGUAGCACGUCGCGGGAGCGCAGGCGGGGGAGGUCAAAGAGGUCGGAGUCCCGCUCCAGGACGUCCUCCAGGAGGCAGCGGUGGUCGCGCUCCAGCUCGCGGAGGAGGUCCAGGUCGAGGUCCAGGAGGAAGGAGAGGUCCAGGUCGAGGAGGCGCCGCUCGUCCAGGUCCUCCAGCAGGGGUAAGAGGUCUCACAGACGCUGAGCCCAGCAAGGAAAAAAAUUGAACCCUUACAGGUAUAUAAAUAAAGGUUCCCAAGUCUCAGCAAUCUAGAGAAGAAUUAAUUAUUGUGUAUAUAUUAGUUUUAGAUUCCUAAUUAAAUACAAGUUCUUGUGUUAGUUCUGAAUAUUUUAAUGUAAAUUUUUCUAUAGUAUUGCUCAGUCAUUAUUAUUUGGUGCAAAUAAAUCAAGUUCAAAGAUUA